AUACAAAGAUGCAACUGCGUGGGCCAAGCUCGUGGGGGUUUACGGGCUCAAGCCGGGCCCGUCGCCACCGGCGUCUGCAGCCACGGCUGCAGGCGGCAUCAAAUCGUCGGCAGCCGCCCCGGCCGCGGCGGGGGGCGGGGGCGGCACGGGCGCCGCCGCGGCUGUGGCGGCGGCGAUGAACGCGGCUGUGCCCCCGGCGGCGCAGGCGGCGGCCCAGCUGCUCUCGCGGGCGCCUGGUGCAGGCUUGGCGCCUGCGGUGCUCGCGGCGCCGAAGAAUGCGGCUGACGAUCGCGGGGCGGGGCGUCGGCGUCUGCAGCACCGGCGGCGGCGGCAGCGGGGACUGGCGACUUGA